CGUAGUGCCCGGAUCACGUGAGACGGGGGUUGGCGCAUGCGUAGUACCUGCUGCAAGAAUCACGUGAGACGGGGUGGCGCAGGCGCAGGCGCAGUGCUCGGUCCGGCGGCGGAGGGAUGGGGUUCUAACCUUGCCUUGGAUUCCUCAUGGAAAGAAUGGGCGGAGUUGAAAAUGAUAAACGUUAUUGUAUUGUGUUAAAAGAUUUUACUACAUGUGGAAUAAAGGUCCCGCGAGGGUCUUUGGGAUAUUUCAACCGCUCAAGACGUGAGGAAAUGUCCGCAACUGUGGAAAACGUCAAGCAAGUGGUAAAGUUGCAACCAGGAAAUUAUAAAGCAAUCAAAAAGGAAGAAGCGGAGCUACUUGUUGAUAUCCAGGAUCUUUCUCAUCGAUAUGAGCUCUUUAAGAACGAACCGCUCUUCAGAUCCAUUGCUAAAGUCCAAAUCAAUGACGUAGUUCAACUUCGAAAGAACAACAAGGUGGUAGGAAUUGUCAAGAAUAUUGAAAAUUCCACGAGAAAAAAAGAAUUGGAUCUAUAUGGAACAUUGUUUCAAGUAAGCUUGAUGGAAGACAAUAGAUCAAGUCGGAAGAAAUGUGAUACAUGCGUGAAGGUUAAUGCAGGAGAAAUCAUUCAGGUCAGCAACACUGAAGUAGAACCAUUUGACCGUGGGAAGAACUCUUCUAAACACAUUUCCAAAGCUCUGACUCAAAUCAGCCCUGAUCUUUUUGAGGGAUGUGAGAAUCCUGCUCUUGAGGUUGGGUCAAUGGUUGAAGUACAAUUAAGAAGCAUUCUUGUCUACGGAGUUAUUAGAUGGAUUGGUAUACCAGAAGGAAAGGUGCAAAGGAUGGCAGGAAUUGAAUUGGACUAUGAGCAGAAAACUGGCUCUGGUGGCACAUUUGAGAAAAGGCAAUAUUUUGUCUGUGAAAAGAAUAAAGCAUUAUUUAUACAGCUUGGAGACUGUAAACCAGAUGCACGUUUUCUCACACGUGAACUAAAGAAUGUGCGCACAACCCCAAUUAAUGCACCAGAGAAAAUGAUUGCAGAUGAUCACACAAUGGAAGAGGAUGUUCCCCCAGUACAUGAGGAUGAGGUGCAGCAGUUGAUGGCAGGGAGAAUGAAAGGGAUUCAGGGACAUUACAAUUCUUGUUACCUGGACUCUACAAUUUUCAGUUUGUUCACGUUCAGUUCAGUAUUGGAUGGUAUACUUCACAAGCCCGGAGGACAUGACGAGAAAAUUCAACAAAUACUGAGGGAGGAUAUAGUCAACCCAUUGCGAACGACUGGGUUUGUGAAUGCAGAGAAGGUGAUGAAAUUGAGGAAGCUGUUAGGAUGUGACACGUUUGUUUCGGCAGAGAAGGAUCCAGAAGAGUUUAUCAAUGUCCUACUGCAUGAAGUCUUGGCGGUUGAUCCACUGCUAAAGAUCAGGUCGGGUGAGAAAAUUCAGGAAAGCAACUGUUAUCAGAUAAUCCUGGAUAAAGAUGACACAGUUAAAGUGCCAACGGUACAGUUUCUCCUGGAGCGAUCCUUCCUCUCCUGUGAUUUGAAAUUUGAGGAGAUCCCAUCAUGUCUUCUGGUGCAGAUGCCAAGGUUUGGAAAACAGUUUAAAAUGUUCACAGAAAUCAUGCCCUCGCUGGAACUAGAUAUUACAGACUUACUCAACAACUCUCUGAGGCAGUGCUUCAUUUGUGGAGUGGUGGCAGAAUAUGAAUGUGCUCAGUGCCUUCUGGAUCCAAUGCUGAGUCCGGGUGCUAUCAAGCAGUACUGUGACACUUGCAACAGCCAGGUUCAUUCCCACAAGGGGAGGAAGGACCACCAAUUCCGAAAAUUUCCUUCUCCGAUCAAUGUUUGCGUCAAAGCCCCUUUUCCACGGCACAAGAUGGAAUUGUUUGCAGUACUUUGCAUUGAAACCAGCCACUAUGUGUCAUUUGUGAAAUAUGGCGCCAGCAAAAAUUCAUGGCUGUUCUUUGACAGUAUGGCUGAUCGAAUUGAUGAAGAGAAUAUCCCAGAGAUUACGAUUUGUCCACAAAUAGGUGAUUACCUGAUGAUAUCAGAGGAAAUGCUGGCUUAUACCAACCUGAAGCAGCUUGAUGGAUUUGCUAAAAGACUUUUCUGUGAUGCCUACAUGUGCAUGUACUGGAGCCCAAGGAUGUGUUUGUAUAAGUGACUCUCGAGAUCUAACGGCUGAGUGAUUUUGCUCCGGGCAACAAAUGGAAAUGGCCCUUAUCACACUGAAUGACUGGUUCAAUAGCAAUGCACAACAAAUGAUUAAUUCCUUCUCUAUCAAAGAAUCUACUGGACUUUGUAAAGUAAUACUGUACAUAAGAGUAAUUGUUUGAAUUUUAUGAUGAAAUGACAUUUGAAAUGAAUGUUCUGCUGCAGUUUUUACUUGUUAUUUCUGCACAUUAAUGGAUAUAUAUAUAUAGGAGAAUUAUUGAGAAAAUUAAAGUGUAGAACUACA